AUGCCCGUGACAAAACCCCCCUCUAAACCGUCAGAUAUCGACUUAUCUACCAACGAAGCCCUCCUCCAACACGCCGAGGCCUCUCGGCUUGCAAGGUCAUGGCUCUCCGGGGUAUUCGGUGACGAGUCCUCUGCCGCCUCGGUCCAGGACGAGCAAGACAAGUUCGACAAGACAGUAGCCCAUAAACCGGCUCUCUACUCUGACACCGGUGGCAUAGGAUACGCCGAACCUACAGAUCCCACCUCUUCGGCAUCUCGCGGCUCCUCAGAUCCAGCAACGGCGUUCCUCCGAAAGCAAAUGCUUGGUCGCGGGGCCAAUCAGCACCCUACUUCUACAAGGGGCCCUCCUCGACCAGGAGGCAACCCGCAUUCCCUUCGCAGACGUCGAGAUGACGACGACGAAGAUGAGGAAGAGGGUAGAUCAGGAUUGGGCAAGAGCAAGGCCUCGAAGCAAAAGCUCUCAAGCUCCCAGAUUUCGUCGGUAGCGAACGCGAACGGCGCAGAUAACGUCGUGUCUCCGUCGCAAGAGGCCGAGAAUGCUACGGCGCUGAACGGUGGUCAGCUGCAAAAGACAACGACGCAUCAACAGCAGAAGAAGAAACGCGGAUCUAGUUAUCUGGAUGAGAUACUCGCGUCUCGUGCGUCCAAGAAGAAGAAGAAAUCCGGAAAAGGUGACGAUGGAUGA